AUGAAUGGAAUACCUGCCUACGAGGGGGCUCUGGAUGAGUCCCAGGUUAUGGGGCAGCUGCCUGGUGAGAUCGUUGGACUCAUCCGCUCUGCCUCUGGGACUCAAUACCUGAACGCGCUUGCGCUGGGCGCUCUCCAACCGGGCUGCACCGAGACCUUUUUCAACUUGUACCAGCCGAUAUUCGUUGAUCUGGCCGCUCGAUGGCUCAUCUCGGAUGCCCAUACGAACCAGGCGGGUGUACUUGCAGCAUUUUCCCGGGUGUUACCGUUUGCACCACAUCUGCGAUCCUUUGCGAGACAAUAUGCGCUAUCCCGAGCGGGACCUCUGUCUGCAUUGGUGGGGUCGAAGGAGUUAGAAAUUCUACAGCUUGAUGAUGAUACCCUCCAUGUGUUGCUUUUGGCGCUCUUUAGGCUUUUCUCCUACGAUCUCGAAACGUUUUCUGCCUCGGUGUCACCGCUUCAACUGCAGGCUCUCUUCCGACACCAUGAUCGAUCCAUACGAUACCUGGCGGUACGAUGCUUCGCCUUCUAUAUGCAUGCUGCCGACGCUGCGACGGAAAAGAUGGUCCUGAAAAAUGUGGGGGACGAACCGAUCUUUGCGGAAUGGGAAGGCAUUACAAUCGAUUAUCGGUUCCUGGGUCUGUGGGAAGAACGCCGAUGGGAUGCCCUGGAAGCAAAGUUUCGUCGUAAUAGAUUGUCUUGGUCAGAACCAGAGGUUUUGUCUCAAGCCGAGAAUUUGAAAGAAUAUUUCACCAGUCGAACAGCCGAGAUUUGCGGUGUCCUCAUCCCAAGACUGAAAGAUACCGUCCGGUUUACGUCCUCUAUUGUCAAGACCCCCACCACCGUCGGUAAUCUUCGGAAGAUUGCGACCUCGCUUCUCAGUUCUGAGCCUAUAUUGCUAGUGGGUUUGCCGAAUUCGGGGAAAACGUCGCUGGUCAACGACAUUGCUUCGGCAAUGGGGCAGGCGGAAUCUUUGGUCACUCUUCAUUUGAAUGAACAGACUGACGCGAAGAGCUUGCUGGGAAUGUAUGCAACAUCCCCUGGUACGGGCUCUUUUGCCUGGCAACCAGGUGUAUUGACCAAGGCUGCAAGAGAAGGCCGCUGGGUGUUAAUCGAGGACUUGGAUCGGGCUCCGUCCGAAGUCAUGGGCCUGAUCCUUCCCAUCAUUGAGAAGGGCGAAUUGACUAUAGCCAGCAGGAAGGAGCGUAUCAAGUGUGCCGAUGGCUUUAAGAUCAUCGCCACCAUGAAAUCAUCAUACAACAUCGCAGGCGAAGAAAUCGGCCCAAGCACUACCAUGUUGGGAAGCAGACUUUGGAGAAGGGUGCAGGUUAAUCCCCUGUCUACCACUGAGGUGCGAGACGUGAUUACGCAAAGAUAUCCUUUGCUCGAAUCUCGGGUCCCCUUGAUCAUGGAUGUAUACCAGAGAGUCUGCGCGUCGUUUCACGGAAGUUUAGCCAUCAAAAGCUCCCAGGGUAGGACUCCAGGGUUCCGCGACCUCAUCAAACUAUGCAGUCGUCUGCAUAGACGAAUCGAACGCCUCGGUGCCAAGACUGGAUAUGAGGCUACCCCAGAGGGUACUGAAGACGAAAUCUUCCUGGACGUGGUGGACAUCUUCCUCAAGUAUCUGCCUGAAAGGUCCUUGCAGAACUCGCUUGCUGCCGUGGUUGCGGAAGCCUUACAGUUGUCGCCUCAAAGGGCACAGUUCUGCCUCCACGAACGAACGCCCACGUUUUCCGAUCAAGGGAAUACGAUCGCAAUUGGAAGAGAGACUUGCCAGAAGAUUCGAGUACCGAGUGGCUCAGCACAAAAGCGUGCCGGUGCUUCUUCCCGAUUUGCUUCAACAAGAGCAGCUCUCAAGAUCAUGGAGCAGGUCGGUGCCGCUGUACAAAUGGCUGAACCAGUGCUUCUUGUGGGUGAAACAGGUAUUGGCAAAACAACAGUAAUUCAACAGCUAGCCACUCUGAUGCGACAGAAGUUGACGGUGGUCAAUCUGUCCCAACAAAGUGAGAGUACCGAUCUUCUUGGCGGUUUCAAGCCGGUCAACAUCCGUACAAUGGCCGUUCCAAUGCUCGAUGAAUUUAACCAACUCUUCGAGCUUACGUUCUCCGCAAAAAAGAACCAGAAAUUCCUGUCUUCUGUCGCGAAAAGCGCCACCGCGGGCAAUUGGGUACGUCUGGUCACUUUAUGGCAUGAAGCUGUUCGUCUGGCGAACGGUGUGUUCAAGCCUAGCCCGCCUGCAAGCGCUGGUAGCGAGGAGCAGCCAUCUAAGAAGAGAAAACUUGACUCUCCUAAAUAUCAGCAUCUACGACAAAGAUGGGAAGCUUUCGCAGCCCAGCUCGGCGAGUUUGAGGUUCAAGUAUCCCAAGGCGACGCAAAGUUCGCUUUUGCCUUCGUCCAGGGAAAGAUUGUCCGGGCCUUGAGAAAUGGAGAAUGGGUGUUACUCGAUGAAAUUAACCUUGCCUCACCUGAUACCCUGGAAAAUAUCGCUAGUCUUCUACACCAUGGUACCGAAGGGUCUCCUUCUGUCUUGCUCUCCGAAGCCGGUGAUGUUGAAAGGGUGUUUGGCCAUCCAGACUUUCGCAUUUUCGGAGCCAUGAACCCUGCAACUGAUGCUGGUAAAAGGGAUCUGCCACCUGGGCUUCGCUCUCGCUUCACCGAACUUUAUGUGCCUUCUCCUGAUACUGAUUUGGAUGACUUGUUAGCACUCAUCAAGACGUAUCUUGGUGACCUGGCGAUCAGUGAUCUCCGAGCGGCGCCGGACCUUGGCCAACUGUACAUGGAAGUCAAGAAGCUCAGUAACGAGAACAAGCUCACUGAUGGAGCUGGUCAACGACCACACUUCAGCAUACGCACGUUGGUCCGUACCUUGAUCUAUGUUAUUGACCAUGCCCACAUUUACGGUUUGCGUCGGGCAAUUUAUGAAGGGUUCUCCAUGAGUUUCCUCACCGUUCUCGGCCAAGAGUCAGAGCAGUUGUUACUUCCUCUCCUCGAAAGACAAAUAUUUGGAAAUGCAAAGAAUGCGAGAUCUCUUCUUGGCCAGACCCCCAAGCCCCCGACCGAUGGAAAUACAUAUGUGCAGUUUAAGCAUUACUGGAUGAGGCAAGGCCCUUUAAGCCCUGAGGAGCAACCGCACUAUAUUGUGACUCCUUUUAUUGAGAAGAAUCUCAAGAAUCUCGUUAGAGCGAGUUCAACGCGGCGAUUUCCCGUGCUUUUACAAGGGCCAACCUCUGCAGGAAAGACCAGCAUGAUUGAGUACCUCGCCAAAGUCUCCGGCAACAAGUUCGUUCGUAUCAAUAAUCACGAACAUACCGAUCUGCAAGAAUACUUGGGUUCCUAUGUGUCCGCUGACGACGGUACUCUGCGAUACCAAGAAGGCAUCAUGGUUGAAGCUCUCCGAAACGGAUAUUGGAUUGUCCUGGACGAACUCAACUUGGCCCCCUCAGAUGUCCUGGAAGCAUUGAAUCGCCUUUUAGACGAUAAUCGGGAACUUUUUAUCCCAGAAACGCAGGAGGUCGUCCAUCCGCAUCCCAACUUCAUGCUAUUUGCAACCCAGAACCCCGCUGGUCUUUACGGUGGACGAAAGGUUCUUUCUCGUGCUUUCCGCAACCGUUUUCUCGAGCUGCAUUUCGACGAUAUCCCGGAAAGCGAGCUGGAAUUCAUUCUGAAAGAGCGGUCACAAAUUGCACCCUCAUUUUGCUCAAGAAUAGUGGCUGUAUAUCGGAAGUUAUCAUUGUUGCGCCAGUCAAAUCGACUGUUCGAGCAGAAGAACAGCUUUGCAACCCUACGUGACCUUUUCAGAUGGGCCCUUCGGCCAGCUGACGACAGAGAACAACUUGCCAUCAAUGGGUUUAUGCUGCUGGCUGAGCGUGUUCGUAAUCCUCAGGAACGUGCAGCUGUUAAGGGAGUGAUCGAAGAAGUUAUGAGGCUCCGUAUCGACGAAGAGGCCAUCUACAGCCUUUCUCAGUUGGAGAAGGUUUCCUCCAGUCUGAAACAGUUACCGCCUAAUAUUGUUUGGACAAAGGCCAUGAGGCGUCUUUUUGUUCUCGUGUCAAGGGCGCUGGAAAACAACGAGCCUGUUCUCCUUGUAGGAGAAACUGGUUGCGGCAAGACUCAGCUUUGUCAGGCAGUUGCUGAGGUUUUUGGACGAGAGCUCUUCAUCGUGAACGCGCAUGUCAACCUGGAGACCGGGGAUCUGAUCGGUGCUCAAAGACCUAUCAGAAACAGGGCAGGACUUGAGAAGAAACUCCUGGAUGACUUGACGAAAGUGCUUGGAGACGGAAUGCACGACCAAGGCUCACUUGAAGAGUUAACCCAAGCCUUCCAGUCCUUGUCAAAGGAAACCCUUGAGUCGUUUGACGCCGCUCUCGUACAGAAAAUCCAGAAGAACAUUGCGCGUUCCAAUGCCCUGUUUGAAUGGUCUGACGGAAGUCUCAUCACUGCCAUGAAGACUGGACAGUUCUUUCUUUUGGAUGAAGUAUCUCUGGCCGAUGACUCGGUUCUAGAGAGACUAAACAGCGUCUUGGAGCCGCACAGGUCAAUUUUGCUUGCGGAGAAAGGCCCUAUUGAUUCCAUGGUCGUGGCUGAUGAGGGCUUCCAAUUCCUUUCGACUAUGAAUCCUGGAGGCGACUAUGGAAAGCGAGAACUCUCUGCGGCCCUCAGGAACAGAAUGACUGAGAUUUGGGCACCGCAGCUAUCUGAAGACGAAGAUAUCUUGCCUAUCCUGAGCAUGAAGCUUGAAUUGAGCCUCGAGAAUCUCCCAAAGACAAUGCUUCAAUUCGCCAAGUGGUUCAAAGAAACAUUCCAACCCUCGUCGAUCAGUUCUCUUUCAAUCCGUGACCUGCUCGGCUGGGUGGAUUUCAUCAACAAAUGCCACGGUUCGGAUCCCAUAUUUGCCGUCGUGCACGGUGCCGCGAUGGUGUUUAUCGAUACCUUGGGGGCAAAUCCUGCUGCAAUGCUUGCAGUGGCACUUCAUGACCUCGAGGGAAACCGUGCAUUGUGUCUUAAGAAGCUGGGUGAACUGUUCCAGGUCGAUGCUGCGGGAAUCUACAUGCAGACAUCAACCGUUUCAAUCGACAACGGUGCCCUGCGCGUGGGCCCUUUCUCCCUUCCCAUGAAUGGUGAUGCGAUGCCCGAUCCCCAGUUCAUCAUGGAUGCGCCCACUACUAUCGCCAAUUCGGUCAGGAUUGCGCGUGGGUUACAGUCGUCAAAGCCAAUUCUUCUCGAGGGAAGCCCCGGCGUAGGCAAAACCACACUCGUCACAGCGCUCGCCAGAGCUCUUGGAAAGCCGCUGACUAGAAUCAACCUCUCAGAGCAAACAGAUCUCAGCGAUCUUUUUGGCUCAGAUGUUCCCGUUGAAGGAGGCGAUGUCGGCCAAUUUGCCUGGCGAGAUGCCCCGUACCUACAAGCAAUGCAACGCGGUGACUGGGUCCUGCUCGACGAGAUGAAUCUGGCUUCUCAAUCCGUUCUUGAAGGUCUGAACUCCUGUCUGGAUCAUCGCCAGCAGGUCUACAUUGCCGAGCUUGAUCAAACAUUCAAGAGACACCCAGACUUUGUUCUCUUUGCUGCACAGAAUCCCCAUCAUCAAGGAGGAGGAAGGAAGGGUCUUCCUGCAUCAUUUGUCAACCGUUUCACCGUUGUAUAUGCUGACAGCUUCACAGACGUCGAUUUGAAGAAGAUCUGCACGCGACUUUUCCCUGGUAGCCCCUCGGAGCAAACUGCCGGACUGGUUGACUUCAUUUCGACGCUGAACAAAGCUAUUGUCCAAGAACGGCGUCUAGGCGCGAUUGGUGGCCCUUGGGAGGUAAACUUGCGAGACAUCCAACGGUGGUUGCAGUUGGCAGACCGUGGAAGCUUGCAAAUACCCACCAAGAAUUUCCUUGACAUUGUAAUAUCCCAACGAUUCAGAAGCGCAGAAGAUCGCUCUCUGGUCACCCAGUUGUACCAGCGCAUCUUCCGAGAUACGACGAGUGAUGCAAGAAAUCUCUACCACAACCUCACACCUCAAUACUUUCAAGUUGGAUUGGGUGUCUUGAACAGAGACCCGGUACUACAGAGAUCUUCGGACGCCCAUAUGAGGGUUGUUCCAAAGGAUUUAUCAGUCCUUGAGUCCCUCAUCCUGUGCAUAGAGCAAUCAUGGCCAAGUAUUCUAGUUGGGCCAUCGGGGUGCGGCAAGACAACAUUGAUUCGAAAACUUGCUGCCGUUGGCGGUGCUCAUUUGAUCGAGUUAGCCUUGAGUGCGGAAACCGAUACCAUGGACCUGAUCGGUGGGUUUGAGCAAAUGGACAUCAAGAGGGAAAUUGAGUCUCUAGUCCAAGACCUCGCUCUGUUUCUCCAACGUCACGCCAUCAUGGCGCACUCAUCAGGAGAAGAGGCAUCUGCCGUUGCGGUCUUUCUUGAAGUCUACGAGGUUAUCAAGAGUCAAGAUGUCUCUUUACGCACUAUUUUCUCGGCACUUUCCACACUGAGUCAAUCAUACGCGAGCCCAGAUAUGGAUAUUCUCCUUACUCGAGCCCGCCAGCUGCUCGAAUCCUCGGAGCGCACGGAGACGAUGAGGGUUGGGUUUGAGUGGACGGAGGGUGUGCUCACGCAGGCCGUACAAAAUGGAUACUGGGUUGUUCUUGACAAUGCGAACCUGUGCAAUCCGUCGGUUCUUGACAGAUUGAAUUCCCUGACUGAGCCAAAUGGCACGCUUAUCCUGAAUGAGCAGCGGACAGAGGAUGGGUCGGCCCGAGUUAUCAAACCUCACCCUGACUUCAGGCUUUUCCUGACCAUGGACCCUCGUCAUGGAGAACUGUCCCGCGCAAUGCGGAACAGAUGUAUAGAGAUCUGUUUCCUGCCUCAGGAAGCCGAUCAUCACAAUUACCAGCCGGGACCAUCCUAUUCUUCUGAAUCGUUCCUCUAUCGACUGAGAUCGAUCUGGGAAUUCAACUCGGACGCCGCAAAUGAGAACUUGAAGGAUUCCUUCUCGGUACAUCUGGAUCAUCUCUCUACCACAGAUUUGAUCUGUCUGCAGAAUUCUUUGAGCUUUUCCAAGUCCAGUGCCCUUCAUGUGCUACACCAAGAAUCCCUUCUGCCUGUCCUCGAUCGGUACAUCUCCGUUGCGCAAGAAAACACUCAAAGGCAGCCUUUUGAUUGCAUCCAAAAUGAGGUUGUAUUGGGAGGCGCCACACUGAGUGUUGGAGGACCCCUGCAGCCCAUCCAUCCGUUGGUCAACGAGCCACUCGGUUCAAUCGUUGGAACUGGCGAUGUUCAAACCCAACUUGUGAUCCUCGCCUAUCUACAAGAAAUCAAGAUUGAUCUUUACUACUUGAAGCAAGACUUGGAACGCGCCGAUCAAUCUGCAAAGCUCCUCAAGCCGAGCCAGAUGACACGCAUAGAACGUUCCCUUGCCUCAAAGAGAAUACCUGCGCUGAUGAAGGAUUCCACGCAACCUGUGGGCCAGUUUAUUGCCGAUUGUGGUCAAGCACUUUAUAACUUCAUCCAGAGUUUGGAUCAAGGUGCUCCCCGCGUCCCUGAGAUGGUGUCAUCGCUCCGGGCCAUAAUGAGCUUCUGCUGGGACAUCUACAAGGCGACAGAAGUGCAGUCUGUGAAUGAAGGCGAAUUUCAGAUAUAUCUGCAGAUUGGCCGAGAGUUAUGCGCCUCUUUGACCGAAUCUUUGCCCAUUCUUGCCCCUUUAGCUGCUGUCCUGUACCAGGCCCUUAAACUCUUCCACGCAGGCUGGACAUUGACCACAGGACUUAGCAUGCAAAGGAUGUGGGAAUCAUGGAGGCCAGCAACACCGUCUACUCAAGAGCAACUCAAAGCUCUGAUGGACCUCGAAUCCAUUGUAUCUGAAUUUGCGGCCUCUGCCUUGAAUUCUCGCCUCAAACUGCCUCAGCUAGGUCAACUGCGGAAUUCUCUAAUUGACGCACAGCGGGCAAUCCUCCUCGAUGGAGCUGACGGAAACGUUCUCGUUCCAAUGCUCAAACAGGCUGUCACUGAAUUGAAGGACGCGGUACGCAGUUUUGAUCUCACACAGACACCGUACUUCUCCAGCAGUUUCGAGUUGCUUUGUCAAUUUCAAGAUAUUCCAGCCCUUUGGCGAGUUUCCGGUACUAGUGACGAUUCCAUCGAGACAACUUUACCGCUGCUGGCGAGUCGGCGAGCUCAGCCUAUCGACACAUCCAAAUUACAGGCGGAAAUCCCAGAUCUUCUUCAUCGGCUUUCGCUGUUUGCUGGUUAUGGCUCUCCGUUCAAAAUUGCACCAGCCAUCAGUGGCACGUUUUCUCUUUCUUUACUGGACAAACUCACAUCCAUAAAUGCCGCGACUCUGGGACAGAUGGAAAUGCUCGAAGUCGAGAAAGAAAUUCUAGCCCGGGCAUUGUCCUCGAGUACCGAUCAGGCUUCCGUGAACCAGACCGCUGCUCUUAGACGACUGUUGGCGAAACUGGCGAAAGAAUUGCUCGUGUGCCAUGGAGACCUUCUGGAUGCCCCUGCUCUAAAGAAUAUGAUCGCCGUGUUGGAGACAAUUGAGCAACAGGGUUCACACGAGGGACAGCCGGCCUUUGAUCUCAGAAUGGAAGCUUCCCUCCCCGCUGAUCAUUACUUCAGCACUUCAACCUCAACGACUUUGGCCAGAUUCAUUAACUUCUUGACAGCGGAUGCCCAUGAUCUUGAGGGACAGGUUCAAUCGGUUGGCAUGGCUGCAGUUCAACUAGCAAGCAUCUUCCUUCGUCUAUUCGUGCCCGACAAACCUUUCGAUCCCUCUCUGGCCUUGGUGGUUCAAAGGAAACGACAUGGCGCACGUGUUUCUGAGCUUGAAAUGAAGUCACAGACGAUCUCGUCAUUUGAGCUGGAAUUCACUGGAAAUCCGACAAACCUUCGCCACAAAUUGGUACAAGAUGAGCUGCGUGAGCUUGGUGUUGCACCUCCCCCUACGACAGUCACUCGGCCAGCAGAGUCCGACAUCGGUCUUCUCCAAGCAGAGUUCUCUAACUUGAUUAACUCCGUCCUUGAAAGACGCCCUGAAACGAUGGUUCUAUCUGUCAAAGACAAUGACCAACACCGAGGAGAAUUGAAUCUCAUGCGUGACAAUAUCCACCAGUUGAGCCAACGCUUGAGCAAGAACUACCGGUCAUAUGAUGAUAUCACGACUCCCGUUGUUCGCUUCCUUCAGAUGCUCGAUUUCGGCAUUUUUCUGGCCUCGAGCCGAGUCCCCGAAUCUACGGAAUUGCAAAUCGUGCGAGCGGUCAGUGAGACGACGCCUUUCCUCGGGAGCAAGAUGCGUCCUACUUCAGAUCGCCUCAUUCACAAACUCUCGUUUAAUUCAAGGUAUUUCGUGGACGUGAGAUUCCAGGAACUAUCCGCUCUUGAAGUGGCGCAGAGUGUUGAUUCGACCUAUUUGCGCACUCGUGAUGGCCGUGAUUCACUCAGAAAGAUCCUUGAGGAUUUCCAUCAGCUGUGGAAAACCCAGCUGACCGAGGACCAAGAAGAUGAGGCGAAGAAGUCCGAGAUGUAUCGCUACAGGGGCUCCUGGGAAGACAGUGAGGAUGUUAACGAACAAGAACUACAGCAGCUCUUCCCUACGUACGAAGAAGAGGUAGCCGAAGACGAUUGCGAGAAAGCUCGUAUUGACCCAAGGGCUAUUUCAAUUCGUCUUGCCGCUCUUCAAUCCAAACUUUUUGCGCCCGAAAAUAGCGAAGCUACCCUGUCCAAAUUUGUCAAGCAAUCAGCUUUACUCCUUGGCUCCAUUUGGUCGAAAGGGGCUGCAUCGGUCUCACCGGUACAGCCAAAGGAGCAUCUCCCUGGAGUAUUAAUGAUUCUUGAGAAUGCUUUAGCGGAAGGUGAUUCGGAAUCCAGGCAGAAUUACAACUUCUACACCGAUGCCAAUCCUGCCGAAGCCAAGAAGCUUGUAUCGCUGACGCACUCUGUCAUGGCACGCUUCAUUCAACUUCAGAAAGCCUGGCCAGAACACGCUGUGAUACAAGACGUUAUCGCAUGCUGCAAAGAGAUCCUACAGUUCAGGCACGCAGAGCCUGUCGCCAAAUUCAUCACGAAGAUCGAGAAGCUUCACGCACUGGUACACGAGUGGCAGCUUGUGGCCAGCAAGGAAUACUCUGCAGCUUCUCUUUACGAUGAGAUUACAAGCCUGACAAUCAGCUGGCGACGCCUUGAACUAUCAACUUGGGCAAGGCUCUUGGAUAUCGAGAACGAGAAAUGCAAUGAGGACGUGAGUUCCUGGUGGUUCAUUGCCUACGAAGCAAUCUUUGCGGCUCCGAUCCAAAUGGCCGCCUCUGGCCAGGAGGAUAUGAGCGAUCAUAUCCAGGAAACUAUCUCGACCCUUGAACAGUUCUUUAUGUCGACAACUAUCGGCCAAUUCAAGCGGAGAAUGCAGCUUGUAUCUGAUUUUCGGUCACUGCUCCAUGUCUACGUGGCGGACUUCCCGGCCUUGAACCAACUUGCCUCUGCACUAGGCAAUUUCCUUCAACACCUCAAACCAUUCGAGCCCGCCGUAGGUAAGCUUCUCUCUGACAAACGGUCGGCGUUGGAGAAAGACAUCAAGGAGCAGAUCCAGCUGGCAAGUUGGAGAGACACAAACAUUGUUGCUCUGAAGGAAAGUGCCAGACGUUCGCACCACAAACUGUUCAAGGUCGUUCGGAAAUACCGUGAAAUUCUGGCCCAGUCGGCUCAGUCUUUGCUUCAGCAAGGGAUGCCAGAACCCAGCGACGAGGAGUCCAAUGUGCUCGCACAUCAAGAGUUUCCUCUCCCGACAGCUCUCAUCCCUGAAGCAUUGGCCUUUUGCCAGGAUAAUUCCGGUCUUUGGGAGCAGAGAGCACCCCGGUUCAAGAACUCGGAUAGUACAGCCAAGAACAUGGGAGCCUUAUACGAGUCUCUAUCCAACGAGUUCGAUAUCUCUGAGGAAUUGAAUGAAUUCAUGACAUUUGUCAUCGACAGCAUCAAGGAGUUCAAGUCUCAGACUCCAAAGACUCUGACCGAGGAGAAUAAAGACGACGUUCAACAUUUGAAGACCCAAAAACGUCGUUUCUAUGCUGAAGUGCUUCGCCAAUUGCUCGAGAUGGGUGUUAAGCGAAAUGUCGGCGUCAGUCUGAUUGAGAAACAAUCCUCUGUUGCCCAGGUUCUGGCUACUCUUCCAGCAUCCGAUCUGGCUGCUUCGACUUUCCAGCUCACCAAAAGUGCCGACUGUUACUUCCACAGGUUCUUGGACCUCGUGCCCCGUGCCCGUCAAGCGUCACGAAAUUACUCUGAAGAACUUAGCAACGUUGAAGUGUUCCGAAGUAUCAGUUCAGUCGAAUACCUGCUUUUCAUCGCCCGCAAACAAAGAGAGCUCAUCUUCCCUUCGCUUCUGGAACUGGAAUCCCUCAAAUCAACGCUCGCGCAGAUCUCAAGUCUUUGGGCCUCUAAGCCCAUGCCAAUCACCGAAACUUCCGCUACAAAUCUGGGUGACAAAGAGGCCAUGUCUUACACAGUGGCUUGGCUGAUCCCAAUCCUCGGCCUAGCUGCGUCAAUCAUUGAAGUCCAUACCAAAUUUGGUGGAAAAGAUGCUUCGCCAAUCUCCAGAGGCUUGCGGACGUGGAAGGAUAACCUUUCCCAUCACAACCAGCUCCUACAAACCCUGCCCAAGAUUCCUUCUGGCGUCACUUCUCAGCUUCACCUGGACGUUCUCUCGAACGCUAACUCUUGCCUGGGUGAACUACGCACGGAUCUGUUGUCCUGGAACCAGUCGCGCCCCGAACUUGCUUUCGCUUUGGAUCAAAUCAUACCGUGGAUUGAUAACACCUUAUUGGCAUCUUAUGACAAGUCUGUCGAAAAAAGUGUGCCACUUGAGGCCUUUGACAAAUCUCUUCUGUCCGCGGUCGACAAGAUGCUUGUCGGAAUGCAGAACAUUAACAAGGUCUCAUCUGCAAUGGAGAGCACCGGACUGCUUUCCCGAAGUGACGAUUUCUUCACGCGAACAAUCAAAGCCAGUCGAUUGUCCGAAAUCAACAGGUCCAUCCAGUCUGUUCUUGUACAGCUCCAGAACCUGGAAACAAAUUCUAGUCUGUCUAUCGCCUCGGCUCUGUUGGCCAGUGUUUUGCCGAUUACGAACACCUACUAUGCUAUCUGCAAAGGUCUGAUCGAAAGAUUCAUGAGUGUCCACCGAGAAUCCUGCAAGAUGUCAUAUAUUCUCGCAAAGUCCUUCACGCAGGUCGCUUCCGAGGGCUUUUGCAGUCCAGCCGAGGCCUCCACCGAAGAAAAUAAUUCGGGAAAGAUGGAGAGCGGCACAGGCCUGGGUGAAGGUGAGGGUGCUGAAGAUAUUAGCAAAGACAUUGGCGAUGACGAAGACUUGUCUGAGCUUGCGCAAGAGAAGAACGAGAACCCGAAUGACGAAAUGGACGAUUCUGCCGAUGCAGUGAACAUGGACCAGGAAGACCUCCAAGCGGACACCACUGAUCAGAAAGAAGGAGAAGAAAAAGAGGACGAGAGCGGUGAAGAAGAAGGCGAAGAGGAUAUCGACGAUGAAGUUGGUAGUGUCAAUGACCUUGAUCCGGGCGCAGUCGAUGAGAAGAUGUGGGACGGUGCCAAUGAUGAUAAGCAGAAAGAGACCGAGAAUGAAGAAGGCAAGGGAGUCUCCGAAGCCGAUGAUCAAACAGCGGCUCAAGAACAGAAGAAGGACCAAGAGAAGAAAGAAGGGGACGGUGACGAAGAAAAUGACGAGGAAGAGAGUGAAGAGGAGGCUCCUGAGGAUGAAGGCGAGGCUGUCGGACGCGAAGAAAUGGAUGUGACGGAUCCUCAUACCAAGGAGGAAGAAACGCUCGAUCUCCCGGAGGAAAUGCAGCUGGAUGGUGAUGAAAAGGAGGGUGAAGAUGCUGGUAGUGAUGAUGGUAUGGAUGGUAUGUCUGAUAUGGAGCCUGACCUUGGAGAUGAACAAGUCGAAGAGCAUGAGGAUAAACUCGAUCAACCCAUGGAGGAGCAUGAAGGAGGCGAAGAAGGGGAAGAAGGGGAAAAUGAGGAGGAGCCCACUGAAGGGCGCGCGGAUGAUGAAGAGGCUGAAGUGCCUGGUGAAGAUGAGCCUCAAGAACCUGAAGAGGAUCCAUUUUUAACGCAACAGGCCGAAGAUGAGGCUGCUGGAGAGGAGGCUGCUCCGAGCGAAGCUGUCACUGGUGGGCUUGCUGCUGAACAAGACCAGAGCAAUGAAAAAGGAACAUCUGGUGAUGCCCAGCAAGAAAGCGGCUCUACAGACCCGUCGUCAAAUACUGAGCAACAGACUGGUGCUGCGAAGGACAGUGAAGAAAGCAAACGGAGUCGAGACACUGGGGGUGCAGAUGAUAGCUCUCCAGAUGACCCUCAACUACAGGCAUUCAAGAAGAUGGGUGACAUACUCGAACAGUGGCACCGUAGACAGAAGGAGAUUUUGAAUGCCUCCCAUCAGGAAGAAGACUCCCAGCCUCUGCCACAGGAUACCGACAUGACCGACGCCGAUUUUGAACACCUGGCAGACCAAGACGACGCAGCAGAUACCCAGGCACUUGGUCAAGCCAGUGAGGAACAAGCUCAAGGCCUUGAUCAGAACAAGGGUGUCGAGUCAGACAUCAAGCCUGGUGAAAAUGAGAUCCUGCCUGAUAUUUCUGACGAGAACCAGGAUGCUGAGGCCAACCAAAUGGAAGAGGAGAUGCAAUUGGAUCGGGAUACGGUUCCAACAGACUUCCGAGGCGCAGGGGCAUUUAUCCCAGGCAGUUCCCAGGCCCAGGACCCGUCAAGGGACUUUAAUGGCCAUCAAGAUGUGGAUGAAGAAUUGGACGAGGUUGACCAGCAUCUCGCGGCCAUCCAUCUCUCAUCCACUCUCCCACCUCUCACCCCUGAAAUCGAGGCUCGACGACUUUGGUCCUUUUACGAGUCGGCCACAAACGACCUUUCUCUCUCGUUGACUGAACAGUUGCGCCUGAUUUUAGCACCUACUCUGGCUACGAAGCUCAGAGGCGAUUUCCGGACAGGAAAACGACUCAAUAUCAAACGCAUCAUUCCUUACAUUGCCUCUCAGUACAAGCGUGACAAGAUCUGGAUGCGGCGGUCGAUCCCCUCCAAGAGAAAUUACCAGAUUAUGCUCGCCGUUGACGACAGCAAGUCUAUGCUCGAAAGCGGGAGUGGCCAGCUAGCAUUCGAAACUCUUGCUCUUGUUGCGAAGAGUCUUAGCAUGCUGGAAGCAGGCGACCUCUGCGUCCUUGGCUUUGGCAGUGAGGAGCACGUACGAGUCGCGCACGGAUUCGGCAAGCCCUUCUCCUCCGAUGCAGGCAGCCAGGUGUUCCAGCAUUUCAGUUACCAGCAGACGGGCACCAAUGUGCGAAAACUCAUCGCCGACUCGAUUGCGCUGUUCCGCGAAGCUCGCUUCAAGCGCUCGCCAGGUGGUGGGAACGCCGACCUCUGGCAGCUAGAACUUAUCAUCUCCGAUGGAAUCUGCGAGGACCAUGAAACCAUCCGCCGUCUAGUCCGACAGGCGCAGGAAGAGCGGAUUAUGAUCGUUUUCAUCAUCGUCGACGCGGUCAAGGGCAGCUCCAUCUUGGACCUCACCCAGGCAAGCUUCGAGGCUGACCCUGCCAGCGGCUCAGGAGAGAUGAAGUUGAAGAUGAAGAGAUAUCUCGAAGGUUUCCCCUUCCCUUAUUACCUCGUUGUUCGUGAUGUUCGGGAGUUACCGGCGGUUCUAGCCACGGCGUUGAAGCAAUGGUUUGCUGAAGUUGUGGAUGUCUCAUCUUAA